AUGCAGGAAGCCAUUCAGGGAAUGCUGUCCAUGGCCAACCUGCAGGCCUCCGACUCCUGCCUGCAGACCACAUGGCGCACUGGCCAGGCCAAGAGGAGCUCGCUGGCAUCCCAUGGUGCCCAGAAGAAUGGGGGUGGCAGCGGCAAGAGUGCAGGCAAGCAACUGCUGAAGAGGGCUGCCAAGAACAGCGUGGACCUGGGCCACUACGAGGAAGAGCACAAGACACCAGAUCUGGGAGUCCCUAGUCUCCGGAACUGUGAUAAGUAAAUGUUUGUUGUUUAAGCCACCCAGUUUAUGGUAUUUAUGUUGUAGCAGGCCAAAUGGACUAGAACAUUUAUUAUUGCAUUUACUCAAGUAAAUAAUAUAUUAAUUUUAAAAAAAUCGGUAAACCUUUACAUAAAGUUAUGUCACAAAGGUUACAGCAACAGAAUUUGAAUCAAGUUUGCAAUAUGACAUGAGGGUUCUGGCAUCUAUUUUGUCCCUUUGUAUCAAGUUUAUUUCUCUAAAUAGUUUAUGUUUUUAACUUUGGUUACCUGCCAAAAGGGGAAAAGAAAAUUCUACUUGUAAGUAUAAAUAUAAAGCAGAAAUCCUGUAGUUAUGUAUAUAACGAUCUUAUAAAAUAUAAUCAGACUGUUGUGAUUGUUUCAUGUAUCAGUGGAUGUAUAUUUACAGUAAUACAUUUAUACAUGUAAACUUUAAAUUUUAGUUAUAGUUCUAUGUAUAUGUAUUUUACUGAGCCUCUGAGCAUAAUAAUAAUGCCGUUACUAAGUUA